AGUUCGGGCAAGGGGGUUUGCACCGGGUAGUGCCCAGGACUUGGGUCUCUGCUGACAACUCCGCUAGCUUCAGCGUAGACACUGGCGCUUUAAGACGCUUUGACCCCAUGGCAUCCCGGCGGGGCGGAGACAGUGCAGGCGCCACCAGCGGAGGCAUUGCCCGGGAGGUAGUGCUAAGUGUCCUGCCCACCAUGCUGACUGCGCUCGCCCCGCCAGCCCUUCCAGGGCUCUCAAGGCAGCUGCCUGCCCCUGCCCGGCGUCAGGAUUCAUCCGGUUCGUCCGGCUCCUACCACACAGCUCCGGGUUCUCCGGAGCCCCCGGACGUUGGGCCGGACACAGAAGGCCGGGGGACUUGGCUCUGGGUGGCCCCUGGGCGGGGGGCGGGCGCGCAGCCUGUGCUGUCCGUCAGCGCCCAGAAUAGCCGCCAGCAGCACAGCUCCGGCUCGGAUUUCCCGCGAGGCCCGGGCUCCGGCCCUCUGCCGCCCCGGCCCCAGCUGCGCAUGCUGCCGUCGGGGGAGAUGGAAGUCAUCUUCGGCGCCAGAGCUCUGUUCAGCCGCUCCGACGCGGAGGAUCGGGAGGAACAACAGUUCAUGGCGCCUGCCAUCAGCAGUCCGUUGCUGCCCGGGUCACCGUCUCCUGUGUCAGUGUCGCCGCCGCAGCCGCAGGCCCCCGACGGGGGCUCUCGCUGGGCCACCUACCUGGAGCUGCCGCCCCGCGGGCCGAGUCCGGCCGUCUCAGGCCAGUACGAGUGUGUGGAAGUGGCCCUGGAGGAGCGCACCGCGCCGGUUAGACCCCGCACGGUGCCGAAGCGUCAGAUCGAGCUGCGUCCGCGGCCUCGGAGUCCCUCGCAAGACAGUCGCGCGCCGCGUCCCCGACUGCUCCUGCGCACCGGCUCCCUGGACGAGUCUCUGAACCGCUUGCAGGCCGCCGCGGGCAUCGUACAGACGGCGCUGGCCAGAAAACUGGGCUCUGAGGUCCCGGCCCCCAGCAAUGCCACUUUUAGAUCCACGGGGAAACCAGAACCCACGACGAAUCCUCGGGAAACAACACGCAGCACCCGUGUGGUCCCGGAAGAGGUCAAGUCUCGGCCACCCCGCGCACAAGAUAGUUCUGUCCACACCAAAGCCCCGCGGCCUUGGCCCAGUCUUCGAGAGCGAGCAAUUCGGCGGGACAAGCCAGCGCCUGGGACCGAGCCGCUGGGACCUGUUAGUUCCAGCAUCUUUCUGCAGUCAGAGGAAAAAAUCCAACAGGCUCACGAACAGGAAUCCAAGACUCAGUUCCCUCAUGAGACUCCCGAUCGAAUCGUACCGAGAACACGAAGCCCUCCCUUCCAUUCUAGAAGCUCCCGAGUGGUUCCCAGUAAGGUUGUGAGACCAAGGAGCCCAUCUCCUCCGCAGCAGACUCCAAACGGGGCCGUGCGGGGUCCUCGGUGCCCGUCCCCCCAGAACCUCUCACGACCUCAUAGGACUGUCUGGAGAAUGGGCAGUCCGUCCUUCCCUGAAGCAUCUUCUGAGUGGGAAAAUCGGAAUGAGGCCGUAGAGGACUACAGCAGAAGGAGCCCUUCCCCUCCACCUCUUUCCCAAUGGACUCAGGGUGUUGCUAGAGUUGGGAACCUAGGUCCCGAAACUCCUUCUCUGUGGAAGGCUCCACAUUCGACAGGUGGAGAUACUAUAGGGCUGAGUAGGGACCGGUCCUUGCCAGCCCUGCUCCCACAGGAGUUACCUGAUCAUCCUAUUGAAACGAGUAGCCCAUCGCCCCGAGAGACAUGGGGUCCUAUUGUGCAGGGCUCAUCGACGGUAUUGCGUCAGGAAGCUAUGAAUGGCCUAACUCAGGAGUUGGAGCCGCCUACACCACCAGCCCCCGGGACUCCAGAACUCACAGAGGCGCAGUGUCUGCUCACCCUGGAAAAUGCGGAUAAUGCCUUCAAAGGCAGGCAGCCGUCUCCAGUUGUCGAUACACCGGAACCUCCCGGAAGUCAUCUCACAAGCAUCCUAGACGACGAUAUGUGCCCAGAAGCCUUGGCCUCGGGAGAAGCAGCUUCUGGACGGUCGCGCGUGACUAUUCCGCGGCCGCGAGACGUGCGCAAGAUGGUUAAGACCACUUAUGCGCCAAGCUUUCCCGCGGGAACCCCAAGUUCCGGGCUUCCCGCGCCUUCUGCUGACACCCGCGGGGAGGGUGAUGCAUCAAAAGCGCAGGAGCUCCCGGCGCUGGAGUCGCCGGCCCCGGCUCAUUACACUUCCAUUUUUCUCAAGGACUUUCUGCCGGUAGUACCUCAUCCCUACGAGUCUCCAGAGCUUUCACUCCAUGCGACCCCUAAGGAUGUCUCGCACUCCAACCAGGUCCCGAGGCGGAGGGCAGAGAACAACACCGCGAAGCCUUUCGCGCGCAGUGAGAUCCGCUUGCCUGGCGCUCUAGUCUUGAGCCGCCGGCGGGAGAAAACCCCAGCUGUCCAAGGAUGCGGUCCUGGGGUAGAAAACCUGGAUGCUGAGGCCCAGCGCCUGGUCCCAGACCACGAGGGUCGAACCAGUCCCUUAGGAGGCGUUCACGCCUCAACCGAGUGGUCCCCUUUAGGAUCAGCAGGGACCCAACCUCCUCACCCCGGCUCCCCGCAGGCAUGUCCCAACUCGAGCCUUGGGACAGCACCCGAAUUGGAGACACCACUUGUGGCUCCUACAAAGGCGGUUCAGGCGCCCCUCCCGCGGGAGCCUCAGGCGACAGCGACCAGGACCGCUGCACCCCUCCCGCGAGCUGCCUCUGCGCCUCCCACGGAUCGACUCCCUCCUGCAUCCACCCAGGGGGCGCGGAGGCUUCCAGGAGCCGCGCCACCAGGAAUGGUCCUCGUAGACCCAGAGAGCGGUCGCUAUUACUUUGUGGAGGCUCCACGGCAGCCGAGGCUACGGCUACUCUUCGACCCCGAGAGCGGGCAGUACGUGGAAGUGCUGCUGCCGCCCUCGCCCUCUCUUUCCCGGCCGCCGCGACAAGCCUAUACCCCGCUGGCCCUAGGGCCGGGCCUCUACCCGCCCGCCUAUGGGCCUGUCCCUGGCUCGUCACUGACCCCGCCGUCCCCCAAUCUCCCGGCCCUUGGCAGUCUCCAGCUACCCUGGACCCCUGAAGCCGGGCCCCUGGAGGGGAUGUACUACAUGCCCUUGAGCGGGACCCCCAGUCCGGCUCCACCGGUGCUCUUCUGUGCCCCGCCCUCCAAUUCCGGUCCCAUCCAGUCCAGCAAGGGUUCCGUGUUUCCUUUGUGAAGCUUCAGGUCGCGGUCCCCUUGGAGUUGUGUUCCCUAGAAGGCUUUGGAAGUUCUGGUUCCUAGUCACUUAAUUUUUCCUCCUCAACUCUUUGGCUAGUUCCAGCCAGUCCCCAGACCAGAAAUGACCUUAAGAGAAUGUGUCUGCUCCUUGGGCUGACAACGCUGGAUCAUCAUUAACAAAUGCCUGGCUGCCUAUGCCCCCCGCCCCCCCGCAACAAAAAAAUGUGUAUCCCUUUCCCAAACCUUCCCAGGAUGUGGUGUAUGUGUGUAUGCAGGCAAGCAAGUAUGUCAAAGUGAGACCACUAAGAGAUGCUGGGGUUUCCCAGAAUGGAGGGUGUGGGAGCAGCAGGGCCAGAGCUGCCUGUGGUGAUAGUGAACUGUUGGUCUCUACCUAACACCAGGCCCCAAGCGGGUGGGCAGGACAGGGGGGUGCUG